AUGCAAAACAUUAAUAAAACGUCCGAAUUUAUUCUGCUGGGAUUUUCUGGUUUCGAUACAUUUGAGAAUGUCCUUUUCUAUGUCGCUCUCCUAGCGUACAUUGUAUGUAUACUUGGUAACAUUGCUAUUAUUAUAAUAGUUAUAUUUGACCCUUCGCUUCAUACUCCUAUGUACCUUUUUAUCACAACUUUUGCUAUUCUGGAAAUGAUGUUCGUCUCUGUAACUAUUCCAAAACUCUUAGCCCUUCUUAUGCAGGCUACAAAGACAAUAUCUAUGCUUGGCUGCUUUGCCCAGAUGUAUGCCCUAAAUGCUUUGGGUGAGACUGAGUGCUUCCUACUUGCCCUUAUGGUCUUAGAUCGAUACUUGGCUAUUAACAACCCUUUACGUUAUUCGGCUAUAAUGACCCAUACAUUUUGUUGUGGAUUAGCCAUGCUCCCCUGGAUCGCUGAAUUCAUCGUUUCUUUCCUACCUACAAUUUGCACCAUUUUUCUGGAAUACUGUGGCCCCAACAAAAUUAACCAGUUCUUUUGUGACUUGGCUCCAUUGCAGAAUUUGGCCUGUUCCAACCCAACUUUAAGCAACGUGGCCACUCAGUUAGCUGCCGUUCUUUCUGUGGUGUUUCCAUUCCUCACCAUUGUGGCUUUGUACACUCACAUUAUAUGUACUGUGUUAAAAAUUGAGAGUACAGAAGGCAAACAGAAAGCGUUUUCGACCUGCUCCUCCCAUCUUAUUGUUGCUUUUUUGUUUUAUUGCACAGUUAUUGUUGUUUACAUUAGACCAAAAGGCAGUCAAUAUGAUAAAUUCCUUGCACUCAUGUAUACGGUUGUUACUCCUACAUUGAACCCAUUCAUUUAUACUUUGAGAAACAAAGAGGUGAAAAUUUCUGCAAGAAAAUUAUUAAGGAGAUUUUUUAAAGAACUUUCUCUCUUUGUUUUCUAA